AUAGUCGCUCUCGCGCGCUACAGGAUUGACAUGAUGGCGUCGUGUGCUGUACAGCUGAUUGAAAAAGUAACGAGGAAGAAGGUUGAAAAACUGAAAUUUGAAACAAACAUUUUGAAGGGCCCUUAUAUGAAGCACCCUUUACAAAACAGAUGGGGUCUUUGGUUCUACAAGAAUGAUAAGAGCAAAAUGUGGCAAGACAAUCUAAGGCUCAUCACCAAGUUCGACACAGUUGAGGACUUCUGGGCAUUAUACAACAACAUACAGCCGCCAGGCAAACUCUCCUCUGGCUGUGACUACUCUAUGUUCAAGGAUGGUAUUGAGCCCAUGUGGGAAGACCGGAGUAAUAAAUGUGGAGGCCGCUGGUUGAUUACUCUAGCCAAGCAGCAUAGACACACAGAACUUGACCAUUUUUGGCUGGAAACGCUGUUGUGUCUUAUUGGAGAGGGCUUUGGUUCCUUCAGUCGGGAUAUCUGUGGAAGUGUAAUCAAUAUUCGUGCCAAAGGGGACAAAAUUGCCAUCUGGACCGCCAAUGCUGAGAACUUUUUGGGACUUGCCCAGUGUUUUGUGGAAUAG